AAUAGCAAUGCAUCAAGUAAAAUUACAACAAGUUCCUAUUAUUCACCGAAGAACCACAAUUAUUAUAUCAACAAUUAAAAAAGCAUGAAGUUUAUCAUUUGCUUGACCAUCUUGUCAUUGGCUGUAGCCGGUGUUUUAUCCUGUGAUCCCGAUGGCAAUAAUGAACCUCAAUGUUCUGCAAACAAUUUAAAUGUACCCAUUCGUAACUUCUGGGAUCCCACUCACUAUUGGUUAUGUAAAUCGGCCGGUGCUGCUGCUGAAUCGGUACGUUGUCCCGAUUCUCAAGGUUUCGAUUCCGCUAAGGGUGAAUGCGUUUCAUUCGAAGAAUGGCAAUGGGUUGAACCAUGUCCAGAAGCCGAUGCUUAAUAGAAAAUAUAUGUACUUGUAUAAUUUAUUAAAAGAAAAUAGCCAAAUAUAUAUUUAGCAGAUUCAUUCAACUUUUCCAGCAGUAA